CGAAGCGUUUCACCUCUUUGUACCCGACCUUGCCAACCCGUGCAACUCGAAUGAUCCCAAUCUACAAAACGUACGAUCCCGCAUAUCUGCCCACGCCGGCACUUGCCUAAACCGCUUCCACCUCGGCUCUGUCACAAGCCACCCGUGUGUCUCCGGCAUUGCGUUUGCCGGGGCCGCCAGUUAGCAGUAUUAAAUCCACCAAUCUUCCAAUUAUCCGAUUCUCUCCUUCUUCACCAUGUCUUCGGAUACCAGAAAUUCGACCACCAACACGAACGAAAUGCCGCGGCAACGACGAGGGUCUAUCACCUCGAGCGCCUUCACCAAUCUCUUCCGCAACAACUCCACCUCCCAACCUACGGCCACACCCUUUCCCACGCCGCUAGCCUCUACUGCGGUCAACGAUCAACGUCGACGGCUUUCUGUCACGACGAUUGGCCUUUCCGGCACGUCCCCCACCAGCACUUCGGCCUUCUUGCGCCGCGCAAGUCUGUCAACCAACUCGGACUCGAUUGACGAGAGCGCCAUCGAGGAUGACGAGACCUCGUCGCGCACUGCUCCGGUCACGCCCCUCACCCGGCGGACGAGCUUUGGCGCGGCUCAAGCCGUGCGAGGCGCGCGAGGUGCCACUAGUCCCGGCGGCACUAAUGGUAGGCGAGCCCCGCCGAUCCGUCGCAGCAGCACCGCCCUCGGUAGUCCAACCACGCCGCCGCUCCGCUCGGCCGGUCUUGGCAACUACACUUGGAGCAAGAUAUCUCCCCAGGCAAGCACUGCAAACCAGCCUCGAACAGGUUCUGACUUGUGCUCCCCUUCUGCUCGUCCAGACCAAGGCUUCAACUGGUCCGAGCAGCUUAGGUCUCGUGCCGAGAGCACCGUUGCCUCCGGUUCUCGGCCUUCCUUCUCCUUUGCCUCCGGCCUCGGCACCUCUCCACCUCGGGCUGCCCCCCCGGUGGCUGCCCGCCCUCACCCUGACAGGGCUAGGUCCGUCUCGGACAUGCCGGCACCUCCGGCCCAACCCUCUAGGCCACGUGCACCCCAGAAGCCCGACCCAUUCCAGGAGAGAAUCCUGAAGGGCGACUUCUACAUGGACUAAGUUAAGUCUUGAUCACAACCUUAAUCCAACAUGCGUCGAUGUAUGCAUGUCGCGCAUCACUGCCUCGUUGAGGUGCUUCUCUACCUCUUCGGUUUCUCACUGCCUUUUUAUUGUCAUGGCAGCCUUUACGAGCAGUCUUCCCUUUUCAAUAUCAGGGUACUGUCCUGAGGAGUAUGACUUAGUAGUGUUUCAGCCUGGUUUUUGGAGUUGGGGCGCGUUAUCUUUUUGUUCUCGGUCGACUCUCUGUAUGGAAUACAGACGCUGUUAUCCUCGGGGUCCGUUGGCGAAGGGAGAGCAACCAAGCAAGCGAGCAAUGGAGUUAUGGGGUGCUAAAGGGGAAUUAUCAUGUCAUGUGGGCGGCGGUGGUUAUAUGUAUCGCAGCCAUAGGGCGGUCAUCACGGGUUUAGGGCUACGAACUGGCUGGUCCGGGCAACAGCAACAUUCGGAUACGGAGGAAGCACACGGAGUAUGAGGGCAUACUCACAGAGUGUAUGAUUAGGGCUUUGUGUUUCUUGGGCCGUUGAUUGCUACUGGUUUGCUGGUGUUAGCUCCAGAAUGGGAAUGGACGGGAGCAGCAGAAUCGAACGCUGUCGACGACCAACGUCGAGUCGAGGCAUCAAUUCCCACGCUUUUGUCGAUCCUUUCCACAUAUCACCAUCAUCGAUUCUUUAGUUGAUGAUUAUUUGAGACUGUCGGAGACAUGUACUCUUAAUAUUUUCAAUUCUGACCUCUUGUCAUCUGAGACUUCGUUAGGUCUGCUUGUGACCCAACUGGUCCAAGUCACGACGUGUGGUACUCGGCGGAGCAAGGUUCUGGCAGAUUGGCCGUCACAUUAGCGUUUUGCGUGGUGUUGGUAUUGCUUUUCUCCUUCUGACGUUGAAUGGGAGCACAGUUCGCUCUAUCCUUCGGCAUAUAUAGGGGGCGUAACUACCACCCCGCCCUCAAUCGUGACGAGUUCUCACGUUGAUGGUUGUAGC